CCUGCUUCCGGCUGCGCCUCGCUGCUCUGGGAGCGGCUGUAGCGGCGUACGCAGUUUCCAUGGGGACUGAAGAUGGCGCCGCGAGGUAAACGACUGUCCUCCACCCCGCUGGAAAUCCUGUUCUUUCUGAACGGGUGGUAUUAUGCCACCUACUUCCUGCUGGAACUCUUCAUAUUUCUGUAUAAAGCUCUCCUCCUACCAUACCCAACAGCCAAUCUAGUCCUGGAUGUGGUGAUGCUCCUCCUUUACCUUGGAAUUGAAGUGAUCCGACUGUUUUUUGGUACCAAGGGAAACCUCUGCCAACGAAAGGUGCCACUUGGUAUUAGUGUGGCCUUGACCUUCCCAUCUGCCAUGAUGGCCUCCUAUUACCUGCUGCUACAGACCUACGUGCUCCGCCUGGAAGCCAUUAUGAACAGCAUCUUGCUUUUCUUCUGUGGUUCCGAGCUGCUGCUUGAGGUGCUCACCCUGACUGCUUUCUCCAGUAUGGACAGGAUUUGAAGUGCAAAAAUUUCAGCCAGCAGUCCUCAGGGGCUGAGACCACAGAUACUUCUGGUGUUUAGGCACACCAGUGAGAAGUGGUGGGUCACGUUGUCCCGGGAAAGUUGCAGCUUUUCCUCAACACAGAUAUUUGGGCAACAAACUGAGCAUCAGGCCACUGGGCAUCAUCUUCUAAACCAGGACCAUCAGCCUGAGAGACUGUUCUACACACCAGUGUAGGGAGGGGCAAGGCUGUCCCAAGCUGGCCCUUCUCAGAACCAGUUCCCUGCUGCCCUCAAGUCCUCUGUGAUCCUUGUGGCCAGAGCCUCUUGUGUGGACCACGGAGGCUCGUUGGGCUUCCAGCAGGACUGGAGCCCCACGCUCCCCGUACGUGCCGUGCCACCCCUGUCACCCGAGCACAGAGAGCCUCAGGAUGUCUGCCCCUAGAGUGACGCAAAAGCCUCUCACCUCAUUCCUCAGAGACUGAGCUCCGGAACUUUUUUAGUAGCUCAUAGUGUUAUUUUUCUACUCUCAUCAUGAAACAAACAUUAUUUUAUAAUAAACGUGUAUUUUCUGUCA